UCAGUUUACCCUCACCCUUCAGGCUCUGCUUCAAGCUUCCAAGAGGAACGGCAUCAAGUAGACUACCCCUCCCCUGCACUUCUUUAAUUCCGGGUCUGAACUCGCUUAGCACAUUGGGUUGCACAGUUGCAGAUGGAUAAUCAAGCUCGAUCAGGAGUAGAGCACAGAUCAUCAGGCCUCUCAGGGCAGAGAGUCCGGCUUCAUGCGUUGCCUCUGAACUGCUGCACGGUGAGCUGCACGAGGCAGAUUUCGAGAUGCAUCAUGCGGUGGUCGAUGGGAGGUCGGAGAGGGGCCGCCGAUGUUGUUGGGCGGGGAGGUGCGCCGAUGCUCUGUAUUCGAGCCUAUAAUCUAAAGCACAGGUUCGUUAAAAAUGUGAAGCAGCAGGGGAAGUUCAUGUCGUCCAGCUCAACAGUUCACUCGCCACCGCCGACAUCCUCCAUCGGAGCCUUCCUCAGGCAGACUUGA